UAAUAAUUCCCUCUCCAAUUCUUAUUUAAAAACCUUCAAUCCAACACCUUAUUGAAGCCAAGAAACAAAGUGCUCAUAAAUACAAUAAUUUCUAGUAUCAUCCAAACUUCAACAACCAACAACAUGACAACAUUGUCAAAUUAUGUCUAUUCACUUUCACAAACACCUCACAGGCUUAGAAAAAGAAUGCUAGCAACAUGGACACCAGACCAAGAAUUCAACCAAGUGAGACAGAGGUCAGGUGCAGACAUGAAAAGGAAACUUAAUUGGUAUGAUCUUAUAGCUCUUGGUGUUGGUGGAAUGCUUGGUGUUGGUGUGUUUGUUACAACUGGUCCUGUUGCUCUUCAUCAAUCUGGUCCUUCAGUUUUCAUAUCUUAUAUCAUAGCAGGAAUAUCAGCACUUUUAUCUUCUUUGUGUUACACUGAAUUUGCAGUUCAAGUUCCUGUUGCUGGUGGAGCUUUCAGUUAUUUAAGAUUAACCUUUGGAGAAUUCUUGGGAUAUUUUGGUGGGGCAAAUAUACUAAUGGAGUAUGUUUUCUCAAAUGCUGCUGUAGCUAGAAGCUUUACAGAAUAUUUGAGCUUUGCUUUUGGAGAAAAUAAUCCAAAUGUAUGGAGAGUGGAAGUUCAUGGAUUACCAAAGGAUUAUAACAUGUUGGAUUUUCCAGCAGUGGCUCUCAUUCUUCUUCUCACUCUCUGCUUGUGUCAUAGUACAAAGGAAAGCUCCAUAUUGAACCUCAUCAUGACAAUUUUCCAUGUGAUUUUCUUUGGAUUCAUCAUUGUGGCUGGUUAUUGCAAUGGAAGUGCAAAAAACAUGGUUAAUCCAAAAGGGAUAGCUCCUUAUGGUGUUAGAGGUGUUCUUGAUGGAGCAGCAAUAGUGUACUUUAGUUAUAUAGGCUAUGAUUCAGCUUCAACUAUGGCUGAGGAGGUUAAGGAUCCUUAUAAGAGCCUACCAAUUGGAAUUGUGGGUUCAGUUCUUAUAACCACUUUGCUUUAUUGCUUAAUGGCUCUGUCUUUGUGCAUCAUGGUUCCUUACAAUAAGAUAUCAGAGAAAGCAUCAUAUUCAAUGGCUUUCCUAAAUAUUGGUUGGAGUUGGGCAAGCAACAUUGUUGGAGCUGGGGCAAGUUUAGGUAUAGUGGCUUCUCUUCUUGUUGCAAUGUUAGGACAAGCCAGAUACCUUUGUGUUAUAGGAAGGGCAAGACUUGUUCCAUCUUGGUUAGCCAAAGUACAUCCUUCAACAGGCACUCCAUUGAAUGCCACUAUCUUUUUGGGAUUUUGCACCGCAUCAAUUGCAUUGUUCACCGAGCUAGACAUUAUAAUUGAGUUGAUCAGCAUCGGCACGCUAAUGGUAUUCUACAUGGUAGCCAAUGCUCUAAUAUAUCGUCGAUAUGUAAUCACCGGCCGUACUCCGCCUUUACACACACUCUUGUUCUUAUUUCUCCUCUCCAUCACUUCCUUAUGCUUCUCCAUUGUGUGGAAAUUCAAACAACAAUGGUGGGGUCUUGUACUCUUUGGUGGCUUCAUGAUCACAAUCAUAGUCUUUUUCCAACACAUGGUGCCUUGUGACAUCAACCUUGUACAACAACAAUAUGGUCAUUGUUGGUAUGUUCCAUUCAUGCCAUGGCCACCUUCAAUGUCCAUCUUUCUCAAUGUUUUUCUCAUGACGACGCUCAAAACACUCUCUUUUCAACGCUUCGCUAUAUGGUCAUGUUUUAUUACCAUGUUUUAUGUGCUCUAUGGUGUUCACUCUACAUAUCAAGCUGAGGAGAUUGAAAAUUUGGAUGGUGUUAAUCAAGUUGUCAUGAAUUUGAGUGUACCUAACUUACAAACUAAGGUGGAAAUUCAAGUGCAUUAAUUAGUUACUUUUGUUUUUUUUUCCUAACAAAAAGUGCAUUAGUAUUUAGUUAGUUUAUAUAGCAAAUUAUUAUCCUACACACUAAAAUUGUAAAUGUAUGUUGUGGGAUAGAAUGAUGUAAUUUUCCAAAGGAAUGCUGCUUUGAAGAUAAUGAUAUAUUUGGAUC